GGUCAAGACACGUGGUCAAGAUCCAAUCUGACACACAACUCGAAUAUGUCACAAGCCUAAACCAAUGUCAGAACUGCUAAUUUUUUUCAUUUUGACAGAUUAUAUUGAGAAGCAGAAUUUGAUUCAAUACAACUUGUUAUCGCAUAAUUGCAGUUUCUGUUUCAAUAAAUAACAAUGUCGAGACAAUUUCUGAAAGCCAAUCCACAAAUUGAAGCCGACAGAAGACUUUUGCAAUACCAAUGUUACGAAAAUUAUUUAGAUUCUCUAGUUACACACCAAGACGAAUGUUUUCUACAGAGCAUUGAAGUUAGUAGAACAAUUGCUGAACUAGGUUACAGAAGUUCGGGUGAAACGUUGAGCAAGAGUCAGUUCGAGAAAAGAUUAGCAGCAGUUCUGAACUACCUUUAUCCACCCUACAAACCUUAUGAACUGUCCAGCGAUGGUAUGAUAGGUGAAGAUCCCGUGCAACUAGAUUUGGCACUCAGAGAAAGACCCAACAGAGUAGGAAUUGUGUCAACUAUCAUUUUCCUGAAAUAUAUGACUAAAUCUGGAUUUGAGAUUUCUGGAUACAUCGAUUAUGCCGAAAAGUUAGCUAAUGAAGAUUGGAAACCAUUUUUUAGAGGUAAAAAAAGAAUAGUCCCGAAACCCAACGAUAUGGGAUACUACCAUUGGAAAUCUGGCAGAGUCGUUUGCAACGAUUCUUUAAAUUACAAAGUACAGCAAGAUCCACGAAAAGGGCUGAUUUUCCAAAACAGAUUCGAUAGAAAAAUGAUCAACCCCGCGCCGGGGUCCGAACCAGGGCCGAACUCGACUCGAAAACGAAUUUACACGGAUAUGUACGAUCUUGUUAUUAUAUUUGAUCAUUUUGUCAGGCAGAGAAUAUAAAACUCUUUUAUUUAACAUGUUGUAUUUUGUUGUGAAAAUAAAAAAAUGGAG